GACGUUUGAUACUUCCAGUUGGUUACCCCAAGAUGGCAGAGUCAUACAAAGCGGUUCUCAACGGUCACGUCGAAGGCCUUCUGAUUGACGCGUUUGUGGCUGGCAGUAUGGAGGAAAUGCUUGCAGGACAAGACGUGUACGUGAAAAGGGUCAUAGAUCGCUCACUCAGCUAUUGUAUUGUCCUGUCCGGUCAGGCUGUCCGGCUUGAGUCCGCCUGUCGAGAGUACAUUGCAAUGCACAAGGCCGAGAUAAUCGACCAAAUCAAAACUAAUGUGAAAGUGCUCGAUCUGCAGACUCGGCAGAACUCGUCCGUUUCGGUCCACAGACACCAAGUCGGGGAGGAACCAGUAGUGUCAUUCGAGGUUGUAUUGUUUAUUGUCUGUUCCCUCCUCGGCGGAUGUGUAAUGCUGGGCUUGGUGUGGCAGAUUCGAUAUACCACCAGACGCAAGCCAGAAGUUAAUCCAGACAUCCCACAACUCAGCGAUAUCCCGGAACUCAGAGGAAUGGUGCGAGAGACACACGACUUCGUGAAUCCCGGAGAAAGUACCACCGCUGCCUGGUCGACAAGGCGAAAGAGCUAGCUCGGGCUCGAGAGAAGUCGCAAUUCACCGACUUGAUUGAGGUGGUACAGACCAGGAAGACCAUUGCCACGGUCCCGAAAAAGCAAUUCAGCGAGACGUAUGCCUAGCACUUCAGCACAGAGGAGGAUACAGUGGGCGGAUUGAAGAGUGAGGAUACCCCCAACCCCCCUUUUUUGGUGUAUCCCUAAGUCACCUCGUCUUUGUUUAGUAUAAAAUAACAAAUGAGGUAUCAAAAUUAUGCUCAGGCACUCUUACCAACCCCCUCCCCUCCCCCUUAUAAAGUUCAGGAUCCGCUCCUGAUGCGAGAUUUCAAACGCUUUAUAGAUUAUUUAUCUGUUAGGUUCACGCAUGAUUGAUGGGAACGCAUGUCAUAUGUGAUAUAGUGGCUUAAAAUAAGAAACAUUCCCAUGGGAAUUUCAAAUUGAAGGCCUGAGACUUAUGGAAUCCUGUGUAUGCCUCAAGGCGAAUGAGGCAGAGCAUGAAUAAUAACGGUGCUUUUAUGACUGGUAUUAGACAUUAAUUAUCUUGUCAUUUAAUUUUAGUUUCGCGUUACUAAUUUCACCAAAAACGCAAGUGAGCGAAAUCUAUUCUUCAAGAAAAAUGACGUCUUCUUCUUAUCGUCGUUGAUGCAUGUCUUUUUAAGGAAUUUACUUGUACAUCACUAUUUUACGGGCAGGCGAGUCAUAGUAGAAUGUAAAAUGAGGGACGCACUUUGUUAUAGAUUUUUACCUUCUUUGCAAUAAAAAAGGUGGAGGUACA